CAUGUCUUUAAAUUCAUCUACGCUUUUAAAUGAAGAAAACUUUCAAGGACCAAAAAGAAACAUUGACUGUUUGGAAAGUCUAGAAUUGCAGGCUCCAGCAUCGUUUCAAGACAACCCACUGCAACAAUUACAGUUAGCAUCGCAGGAAGUACUUGAAAAGGCAAAAAAGAGUGGGAGAUCAAAAUGCCCCCGAUGCAGCAGUUCAAGGAUGUUUUAUUGUUACACAUGCUUUGUUCCUGUUGAAACUGUCCCUACCAAAGAAAUUCCGACUGUGAAGUUACCUUUGAAGAUUGACAUUAUUAAACACCCAAAUGAAACAGAUGGCAAAAGCACUGCAGUGCAUGCUAAGCUGCUGGCACCUGAUGAUGUUACAAUUUAUAAAUACCCUUGCAUUCCAGAAUAUGAAGAAAAAAGACAUGAAAUAGCACUUGUAUUUCCUGGCCCCAAUUCAGUGUCAGUAAAAGAUAUUGCUUUCCAUCUCCAAAAAUACGCUAAGAAAGGUGCUUAUGAUAACAACGAUGACUGUUCCAGAGAGCCAUUUCUUAAGCAAGCAAGAAUAGAACCUAAAGAAGAAGAUCUAAAUGAAUGCAUCUCAAGCAACAGCAGUGAAGGCAGUAGACUGAAGAAAAUCAUAGUCAUUGACAGUACCUGGAAUCAAACUAACAAAAUAAUAACUGAUGAACGACUUCAAGGGUUGCUGCAAAUUGAGUUGAAGACGAGAAAAACUUGCUUUUGGCGUCAUCAGAAGGGAAAGCCAGAUACAUACCUUUCCACAAUAGAAGCAAUUUAUUAUUUCCUUGUGGACUACCAUCAGGAGAUUUUGAAAGAGAACUACAAAGGACAAUAUGAUAAUCUGCUUUUUUUCUUUUCAUUUAUGUACACAUUGAUUAAAAAUGCCAAGUGUUGUGCAGGAAAAGAGUAAGAUGUCUGUCUAUAGGUGAGUAACACUACAUCUUAUUUUAUUUUAUUUCUAUUGUAAUAAUAAGCU